GAGCUUCACAAAACCAGCAAGACGAACACUGGCAACAACACUUUUGGUUUCAAUUAUUUUGAUUAAUUUUUUCCAGUCAUCUUUACUUAAUUUUUUUAUUUAAUUUCCUUCUCUUAAGUUAACCUGUCCAAUCAAUCGAGACUUACAUGAUACAAUUUAUUUAAUCCAGUGAAUUUUGUAAAAUAUAAACCAUUCAUCACAGAUUUUGUAUAUUUUUGUAUUCUCUUGUGAUAUUGGAAAGUCUACCAUCAUCAUAGAAUUAUAAAACGGAUUGAUACAAAGCCUUGCCAGACAAUUUCACUUGAUUUAUUAUGCUUAUUUAACUCUUCAUCUAGUUGUGAUUAUUGCAAAUUUAUAUAUACAUGAUUAUAACCCAAUCUAACUCUUAUUAUUAUUGGUAUUUAUCAUAACUGUUUAUACCUUUGUCUUGUUCUUUCCAACGCAAGUUUUUUUUUGUUUAACUCACCCGGUUAAGACUCCAUUGAUAUGGCUCAAGAAAAUGACAAUAAUCAUCACCAAGAGGAUAAUCAUCACGAGAGGACUAGAGCUAUUGAACCAAUCGAUGGACAUCAUCGUCUUCAAUACACUUAUUGCAUCUGGUACUCACGCCGGACUCCUGGUAAACUGACUAACCCAUUGACCUAUGAUCAAAGUUUAAGAAUAAUUGCAACAUUUUCUACUGUUGAACAAUUCUGGUCCGUACAAUCUUAUCUUUUACGUCCUUCAGAGUUAUCUGGUCACUCAGAUUUACAUCUUUUUAAAGAUGGUAUAAAACCUUUGUGGGAGGAUGAUGCUAACAAAGAAGGAGGAAAAUGGAUUGUACGGUUAAGAAAAGGUUUGGCAUCUCGUUGUUGGGAAAAUCUAAUUCUAGCUAUUCUUGGGGAACAGUUUAUGGUUGGUGAAGAGAUUUGUGGUGCGGUUAUUUCCAUAAGAUCCCAAGAAGAUAUCAUCUCCGUUUGGAAUAAAACUGCCAAUGACUCAAUUACCACAAUCAGAAUAAGGGAUAUUCUGAAAAGAGUUCUGAAUUUACCUUUGAAUACAAUAAUGGAGUACAAAACUCACAACGACAGUUUGAGGGAUCACUCGAGUUUCCGUAAUACUGAUGUAUUUGUCCGGUAGAUGUUGCGGUUAACGCGUAAUUUAAGAAAAGCUGAAUCAUCAAACCACGGAGGAUUACUCAAUGAAUCAUAAACAAUAUCAGUAACUGUUGAAUCAUUUUUAUUCAACGUAACAUUGUCCGUUGAAUUUCAAAAUAAUAAGAUAAUUGUUCCUUUUCUAAGAGCAUGGAAAGAUAAAAUAAUUGGAUAAGGUACAGAAAACAUUGACAAAAUAAGAGAUUAAGCUUUACUGAGGAACUUUUCUCCUCAGAAAAUUGUCCCUUUCCACAUUCUUAGGAUGUUCAAUAAAAGUCCAUCCUGAUUCAAA